AGCAGGAGUCAAGUUGGUCGGAUGUCACCCGCCAUCGCCUUGGCCUUCCUGCCGUUCCUGGUGACCCUGCUGGUGCGCUACCGCCACUAUUUCCGGCUGCUGGUGCGGGCGGUGGUGGUGCGGGGGCUCCGGGACCGGCUGUCGGGGCUGCGGGCGGAGGAGCGGGCCUUCCAGUACCUGCUGACCCACGCCCUGCCCGGGGACCCCCGGCACAUCCUGGCCACCUUCGACCACUGGUGCGGGCACCGGGAGUACCUGGCCCACCUGGGGCCCCUCAAAGGUCAGAUCCUGACCCGACUGGUGCAGGACCGGGCCCCGGGCUGCGUGCUGGAGUUGGGCACCCGCUGCGGCUACGCCACGCUGCUCAUCGCCCAGGCCCUGCCCCCGGGCGCCCGGCUCCUGACCGUGGAGCAGGACCCCCGCGUGGCCGCCGUGGCCGAGAAGGUCAUCCGCUUCGCGGGCUUCGAUGAACGCACGGUGGAGCUGGCGGUGGGCCGCCCCGAGGACGUGAUCCCCCGGCUGCGGGCGCGGCACGGGCUGCGGCGGGCGGAGUUGGUCCUCCUGGCCCACGAGCCGCGCCGCUACCUGCGCGACCUGCAGCUGCUGGAGGCGCAGGCCCUGCUGCCCGCGGGGGCCACCGUCCUGGCCGACCGCGUGCUCUUCCCGGGGGCGCCCCGCUUCCUGCAGUACGCCAAGGCCUGCGGGCGUUACCGCUGCCGCCUGCACCGCACGGGUCUCCAGUAUUUCCCCGCCAUCCGCGACGGCGUGGCCCAGCUCACCUUCUCCGGCCCCGGCUGA